AUGAACGGAUUUGCUGCAGUCCUCGUUUUGCUGGGAGUCUUCUGGACUCAGACUUCUGCAUUGCACACCUUUCACCUGCAAGAACCUGGCAAUAGCUAUGUCACUGGAACUAUGACUAUCCAGAAUGAGAAAAACCUUUGCGAAGUCCACGUCCGCUCUGGCCUGUACUCCUCUGUUACCAUUUUUGACUACCUGAAAGGGUAUAUUGCAACAAAGUUACUUUCACGAAAUGCCUGCUUUAUCAUGAAGAUAGAUAAGGAUUACAUCCCAAAGCUGGAAGAAAUUGGACGCCUGGCUUAUGAGAGAGAGACUAUGAGGUCAGUAUACUCUCCAAAAAAUGUGUGGAUGCAGUUUCAACCUGGCCAUUCCUUUUUUGGGCGUAUCAAAGACUGGAUUGUCUAUGGCCAUAACAUAGAAAAACUCUGCGCAGGUCUGCCUCUCUACGAGCUUGUGAAGACUGAACCACUAGUGAAUGGUAAUGUUUGUGCCGAUGCAGGAAUUCCAAGCAUUUUGGGCAUUAAAAUCUGUGAAGAACAAAGAUAA